AUGCGGGGUGGUGGUCUCGUCACGGGACAUCAUCUUCGUACGCAUAACCCGGAACAAGAAGCUACAGCAAUGGCAGAACAGCAGGAAGAAAAGCUCUACGUCGAUGCGGCAGAGGCUCGGCGCUUUGUCGAGGCUGUGCUACAGGGCAAUGGCGUGCCCGAGAGCAACGCCGCUAUUGUCGCCAGGUGCCUGGUAGCCGCCGACCUACGCGGCGUGGACACCCACGGCGUCAACCGGAUCCCUUCGUACAUGGAGCGGAUACGACAGGGUGCCCUCGACCCUAAGGCAAACCCGGAACUGAAACAGAUCACGCCCGUCGUGGCUCAUGUCGACGGCCACAAUGGCUUUGGGUUCCUCGCGGCACAUGCCGGCAUGGCCGCCGCCAUCGAGUCGGCGCGCGUCUAUGGCAUUGGCAUGGCCAGCGUGUCACACUCAAAUCAUUACGGCAUGGCUGCGUGGGUCGUGCAGCAGGCUGUCGAUGCCGACAUGAUGAGCUUGGUCUUUACGAACUCCAGUCCAGCUCUGCCGGUCUGGGGCGGGAAAGACAAGCUUAUGGGCGUCUCUCCCAUUGCUUGCGGAGCUCCGGGCAAAGACGCGCCGUUCAUACUGGACAUGGCUCCAUCAGUUGCUGCUCGAGGCAAGAUCUACAAGGCCAAGAGACGUGGAGAGAAGAUCCCGUUGGAUUGGGCUCUCGAUGCAGAAGGCCGGCCAACCGACGACCCGGCAGCUGCUCUGGGCGGUGUUAUGCUACCCAUGGGAGGGCCGAAAGGCUCGGCGCUGUCCAUCAUGAUGGAUGUGUUUUCCGGGGUGCUGUCGGGGUCGGCGUAUGCAGGCCAUGUCACCGGUCCCUACGACCCGUCCAAGCCGGCAGACGUGGGCCAUUUCCUGGUUGCCAUCAAGCCAGACUUAUUCAUGAGCCUGGACGAAUUCCGAGGGCGUAUGGACUACCUCUACCAGAGGGUGGUCGGGUCGGACAAGGCCGCUGGUGUUGAGCGCAUUUACUUCCCCGGAGAACUGGAGCAGAUCGCGCAGCGAGAAAGGGAAAAGACUGGCAUUCCAUACGUGAAGGCUGAGGUCGACGCUCUGAAUGAAGAAGCGAGAAAGGUGUCCGUCGACAGCAUUGCGACGAAGUGA